AGCGGUUAGUUUGCUGAUCAACAUUUUUUUUAUUUCCACCUAAUAUGGCAUCUGAGGCUAAAUUUUGUGGUCCGUGUGAAGCUAGACAUACAACAGAAAUUGCAGUUGUCUGGUGUAUUGAUUGUGAUGAUGGACUAUGCCCCUCUUGCUUGGAACACCAUAAAGUCAGCAAAGCUAGCAAUAAACACCAGACCAUACCAGUUAGUAAGUACGCAGAAGUGGAAUCAGUUUCCUCAUUAAUAAAGCUGGAGUGUGAGGAACAUAAUCAAAAAUUAACUUUUUUUUGUCAAGAUCACUAUUCCACUGCCUGUGCUCUUUGUAUACCAGAAAAUCAUAAACAAUGUACGUGUAUAAAACCCAUCGAACAACUUGCUCAACAUGCAAAAACUUCAACGGAGAUGUUUGACUUAGAAAAAGGACUUAAGGAGCUUGCUAAUACCCUUGUUGAACUUAAAACUCACCGACAGCAAAAUAUUAAAGAUAUAAAAAACCAAAGAAAAACCAUUUUAGUGGAAAUUAAAACUUUAAGAAAACAAAUCAAUAUGCUUCUAGAUGAGUUGGAAUCUGAUUUGUUAAAGCAGUUAGAAAGUUUUAGCGACCAAAAUAUAUCCGAAAUAGACAAGUUACUUUCAAAAUUAAAGGACAAAGAAACACAAAUUAAAAGUCUUGGAGAGUCAAUUCAUCGGAUUAAAGAAACAUUAUCCAAUGUUCAAGUCUUUUUAGCAACAAAAAGUGUUGGUGAAAAGUUGCGUGAAGAACAAGAAUGGAUUUCAACUUUAUGUGACCAGGAUGUAGCUAAAGAGUCAAUUCUUGAAUUAUCUACUGAUUCACAACUAAAACAUUUGUUAUCUGACUUGAAAUGCUUUGGCACAAUACAGGUUGUCAGAAAUCCUUGUCAAGUUAAAGUAGGAGCCUGGGAGCUUCUUAAAGCACAGCUUAAUGUUCCAAUAACUGAAGUCAGAGAUAUUGACCAGACAGAACUGAAACUAAUACGCGAGAUUUCCUUUGAUAGUGAAUCAGUUAUUAGAGAUUGCAUUAUUGUCAAUGAUGGGAGAAUGAUUUUUGCAGAUAUCGUGAGAAGUAAUGUAUUAGUUUAUACUCGUGAUGGACAGCUGUCGAGGGCAAUCAGUGUUGGCAAAUCUCCUUUUGGAUUGGCUGUGAUACACACCAAUACUGUGGCCGUCACCUGUCGUGAAGAAAAAUCAAUAAACAUUGUAAAUAUCGAUGAAGGUGUUGUUAAACGAAAGAUAAAUGUUGGGAAACCUUGUUCUGGUUUAUCUUACAACAAUGACAAUUUGUAUGUUCUCGUCACAAAGACAGGGAUAAUGGAAUUUGAUUUAUUUGGAAAUCUAAUCAGAACAAUACCGAUAGACGUUCCAACUGAUGAAUGUUACAUAUCUUCUUAUAAAGAUAAGUUUUGUUACACAAGUAAUAAUAAUGCUAAAAUCAUAGCAUGUUGUGAUAAAAAUGGAAGUACAGUCUGGAGAUGGGACAUUGCUUAUUCCGGUGUCACAGUUGACAAUUACGGAAAUUUCAUUGCUUCAGAAUACAGUACUGGCAUAUUGCAAAUAGUAUCAUCUGAUGGUAAGAAGAGAAAACAACUUCUACAGCCUUUGAAAACCCGUAAAAAUUGGCUUGAAGGUUUGUUCUUUGACAAAAACAGCAGAACAUUACUUGUAACAUGUAUUUCAAAGUAUGCCAGGCUUUACCGCGUCAUUUGAAUCACAAAUAUGACCUACCAACUUAUCUCUGGGUACUUAAAUUAUAAACAUGAAGAGUGCUAGCCACAUGUAUAUCAGGAUCUGCUAAGGCCGUGUUCACAUUGACCUAAACUCAGUGUUGUGUUAGUGUAACUCGCUUGUAAACUAAACACAAUUACGUUCCCGUUGAUAAAACUCAAUGUUUACAUGUAAUUUACAUUAUGUUUUGUCUUCAUGCAGUCAAUAGUCAAUGUAGGCCUUGUGUAGGUUAAGUGUACACAAAACUAAGCAUUUAGAACAUUAGUUUUACAUGUAUCAUGUAUAUUUAAGGAAGAAACGAUUUGUGAAUAAAAUAUAUAUUUAUAACA